GAUAAUAACUAUAAUUACUACAAGGACUGCCUGAGAUGAAAAAGACAGGUGAAAUCGAACUUUCACAUGGACUCGUGUCUGAGCUGGGGAGUCUGUUUGAGUUUGAGUCAGGGAAAGCCUCAAACCCCCCACCACCCGCUCCCGUUGGUCCCCGCAGUAACUGGGGGCGAACAAGGACCAGACCCUCCAAGCUGGAGGCUUGAAAACUGAAGGGCAAGCGCCUGGUCCAGCGAUUCGGAAACCGAGAUGCAAAGUCCUCCCGCGCUCCUAGAGAGGACCCGGAAGCGCGGCGCGGUCCCGGAAGACGAGGUGCUGACACACUUCCGGCCUUUGUGACUCAUUGUGUCUGUGUCGAGGCGUCGGGAGGGCCUAAAUCCGAGUGCGGUGCCCUUCGGCCGGCCUGAGCCCCAGAGUCAGCUCCCCUUUCUCUCCCAGCGCCCCCAGGCCGCUCCCGGGGCUCACGGAAUAGUACAGAAACACAUCAUAAAACCUCCCAGGACAUAAAGGUGAGCACAGACCCUGUUUGGAUCAAGUCAGUUCCUGGAGCCUGAAUGAUGACUGCUGAAUCACGGGAAGCCACGGGUCUAUCCCCACAGGCUGCACAGGAGAAGGAUGGUAUUGUAAUAGUGAAGGUGGAAGAGGAAGAUGAGGAAGACCACGUGUGGGGGCAGGAUUCUAGCCUACAGGACACGCCUCCUCCAGACCCGGAGAUAUUCCGUCAACGCUUCAGGCGCUUCUGUUACCAGAACACUUUUGGACCCCGAGAGGCUCUCAGUCGACUGAAGGAACUUUGUCAUCAGUGGCUGCGGCCAGAAAUCAAUACCAAGGAGCAGAUCCUGGAGCUGCUGGUGCUGGAGCAGUUUCUUUCCAUCCUGCCCAAGGAGCUCCAGGUCUGGCUGCAGGAAUACCGCCCCGAUAGUGGAGAGGAGGCUGUGACCCUUCUAGAAGACUUGGAGCUUGAUUUAUCAGGACAACAGGUCCCAGGUCAAGUUCAUGGACCUGAGAUGCUCGCAAGGGGGAUGGUGCCUCUGGAUCCAGUUCAGGAGUCCUCGAGCUUUGACCUUCAUCACGAGGCCACCCAGUCCCACUUCAAACAUUCAUCUCGGAAACCCCGCCUCUUACAGUCACGAGCUCUUCCUGCUGCCCAUGUUCCUGCUCCCCCUCAUGAGGGUAGUCCCAGAGACCAAGGGAUGGCAUCUGCACUAUUCACAGCGGAUUCCCAGGCAAUGGUGAAGAUUGAGGACAUGGCUGUGUCCCUCAUUCUGGAGGAAUGGGGAUGUCAGAAUCUGGCUCGGAGGAAUCUCAGCAGGGACCACAGGCAGGAGAAUUAUGGGAGCACAUUUCCCCAGGGUGGUGAAAACAGGAAUGAGAACGAGGAGUCAACCUCAAAGGCUGAAACCACAGAAGAUUCGGCAUCACGUGGGGAGACAGCAGGAAGAUUCCAGAAAGAGUUUGGAGAGAAACGUGACCAGGAGGGCAAAACAGGAGAAAGACAGCAGAAAAUCCCUGAGGAGAAAACCGGGAAAGAGAAGAGAGAUUCAGGGCCAGCUACAGGAAAGGACAAAAAAACCACCCCAGGAGAGAGAGGUCCAAGGGAGAAGGGGAAAGGAUUGGGAAGAAGCUUCAGUCUGAGCUCCAACUUCACCACCCCUGAAGAAGUUCCCACGGGAACAAAGUCUCACAGAUGCGAUGAAUGUGGUAAAUGCUUCACGCGAAGUUCAAGCCUUAUCCGCCAUAAAAUCAUCCACACUGGAGAAAAGCCCUAUGAAUGUAGUGAGUGUGGGAAAGCCUUCAGUCUUAACUCCAACCUUGUCCUGCAUCAGAGGAUCCACACAGGAGAGAAACCUCAUGAAUGUAACGAGUGUGGCAAGGCCUUCAGCCACAGUUCCAAUCUCAUCCUCCAUCAGCGCAUCCACUCUGGAGAGAAACCUUAUGAAUGUAAUGAGUGCGGGAAGGCCUUCAGCCAGAGCUCAGACCUCACCAAGCAUCAGAGAAUCCACACGGGGGAGAAACCCUAUGAAUGUAGUGAAUGUGGAAAAGCUUUCAACCGAAACUCGUACCUGAUUUUGCAUCGGAGAAUUCACACUCGAGAAAAGCCCUACAAGUGCACUAAGUGUGGCAAGGCCUUCACCCGCAGCUCCACCCUCACUCUGCAUCACAGAAUCCAUGCCAGAGAGCGAGCCUCUGAGUACAGCCCAGCCUCCCUUGAUGCAUUUGGCGCAUUCCUGAAAAGUUGUGUGUAAAGGAAGAAUUUGCCAUCGAGCCAUUUCCCCCUUUUGUUUCUAAAAUUAUUUCAGAGAUGUGUGCCCUUGGAGGGAAAAAGAAAUACAGCCUCCACGGAUUAAAAAAGAAAAAUCACACUUAAGGAUCCUUCGAGUCACAGCAGCAGUGUUCUGCCUUUAUGUAGUAGUUUGGCAUAUAAUCCCUCCACACAGCCCCUGCAGGGAGAAGCUUAUCUUACGGAUAAUCCACGUGAGAUUUCCACACAAGAUAAAAGCACACGCAGAGUGAAAUGUCCAGCUUUUCAGUAAUGAGGAUACCUUUAAGGCACUCUUGGACUCUCGGCAACCACAACAUAAUAGUUCAAAGAUGAAGAUUGGCUCCACGAACGUGAUAGGGAGGUUAGGAUGCUACUUGCUGCAAACAAACCCUACUUUGGCCAACAUCCUGCUUAUUCCUCAAAAAAGAAGGACAGUGAAAACAAAAACAACAUUGGGACAUGCUGCUCAAGCUAGUUAUAUAUACAAUAUGUUAUAUAUAUGAUCACUGGUAGCCUACCAAAGCUGUAGAAAUCUAGGACUGUGCUAAUCAGUAUCAAACCAAAGAUUUCUAUCUCUUCCCGAAAGAGAGGGUAUGUGCACCAGUCUACAGUUCCAAAGGACUGCAACAAAUGUAGAUGGUUCUAUCCUCAUCCCUGAGAUCAGUUCGAUUGAAAUGGCAACAACAACUCAAAAUACACCUCUCCCUUCUUGAAAUCCCUAAAGCACUGUCGCACUCCUAAAUGCGUUUCUCCACAAGUUAGCACUUGAUUGUAUACUGCCUUUUAAUCCUUCGUUGUUUCAUGUAUGAAGUUUUUAACCACCCCCCCACCCCCAAAAAAGAUUAAGUUGUCAAGGGAUAUAUUUCUAUCCCUGCCAGCACAGUGCUGGACAUAGUGAGUGCUGAACACCUAAGAGGCACUCAUUCAGACUGACUUCUACAGGACCUCUACGUCUGUGAUAAAGGUCUGUGAAUCAUGAGUUCCUGAAAUAUGGUAGCCUGGCCCAGCUUCUAAAGAGGACCUUCAUAGCCACAAGGCAUGCUAAACCUCUAGGAUCUGAUGCUAUUUUUGUUCCAAAUAUAAACGAAAGGCACUAGUCAGCCGCCUGCAUAGACUUUCUAAACAGAUCAGUGAGUAAAUACCAUGGAAUGUCAGAAAUGACUUUAUCAUCGUCAUCUUGAAGAAAAAUAUGAACACUGAUGAAGGUCUUUUUUUUUUUUUUUACAUCUUUCUGUGGCAAAGCUCUUAGAAUUCUUUUCAGUUAGCCGCUGAACAGGAUGAUGACUUGGGGAUUUUCUGAAUCAUUUGUAACUUAGAUACUGGAGUUCAGAAGAUGUGAUUUUUGUUGCUUUUCAGAAAAAGGAACGUGGUAGGGAGUGUUUUUUCCCACGCUUUUCCAGUAACUUUGCAAAAGCAUUAGUUGUUUACUGGCAAUUACUAAAUGUACAUUGUUGCUCUGAGAAACUCAGCAGUGUACUGAGAUGUGGCUGGUUGUGUCACCGUCAUAGUGCACAGUGACUUUUCUGUUUCUUGUCACUAAAGACUGAGGUGAGGUUAUGAGACUUUCACUGGUCCCAUCGUCUGUGCGCAGGGUGCAGCUGGCUACCUAGAAGCUGAUGGCAGGAGACUGUUUCACACACAGGAGAUUGUGAGCUGUGUAGGUAGUCAUCGCCCCUCGAGUAGGACAAGGGUCCUACCCAAGGCUAGGACAGCCCUGCGGAAACAGAAACGUAGACUGAGAACAAACCUCCAGACUAUCAGUGUGACCUUCCCAUAACAAGAGAACACCAUUUAUAGUUUGAGACUUUCCCUUGAGAAAUUUAUACUAAAACUAUUACUCAUCAAUCAUUCACUGAUCAGCAGCUAAAGUCCGUGAGACCAAAUGGUUUUAUAUGGAACCAACGAAGUGGGAGCUAAAACUCUGCACAGUGGUCAUUCUUUGGCCUCUCCUUGGCUUUAUGACUUAAACCAACCACAACUUCCCCAUAGCUUCUAGGCAGUUUCGUCAGCAUUACUUGGGAAAAUGUUGUUGCAAGUCAACCAGUCACCAGGAUAUUUCUACCCAUGCAAUGGAAGAAAAACCUGUUACUCCAGAAAAGUAUAUCUAAGUAACUUUUUAUAGUAAAAUGGAGGCAGAAAAUAUCUUAAGGAUUUUCUUCAAAGAAUAAGCCACAGCAGUGGUUAUGUAGAAAACUGCUGGUGCUUUUGAGCAAGGACUUCUGCCCUCUAGAAAGCAACUGAGGCCAGGCGUGGUGGCUCACGCCUGUAAUCCCAGCACUUUGGGAGGCUGAGGCGCGUGGAUCACCUGAGGUCAGGAGUUUUGAGACCAGCCUGGCCAACGUGGUGAAAGCCCGUCUCUACUAAAAAUACAAAAAUUAGCUGGGCGUGGUGGUGGGCGCCUGUAAUCCCAGCUACUUGGGAGGCUGAGGCGGGAGAAUCACUUGAACCCAGGAGGCAGAGGUUGCAGUGAGCCAAGAUUUCGCCACUGCAUUCCAGCUUGGGUGACGAGCAAAACUCCGUCUCAGAAAAAAAGGAAAGAAACUGGAAGUGAGGUGUGGAACUCUGGGCAAUGACCCAAGCACUUAUUUUUUAAGAGAGAAAGGACUUUGGUCAUGUUUACAUUGGCCUUUUUUUUUUUUUUUCCUUCAGCCACAACUACAUGCUGAUAUAAAUCAGCCAUCAUCUUUUAGUUUUGUUUUUAAAUGAAGGUUAAAUGUGACCUGUGCCCUCACAUUUAAUUCCGUUUCAUGGGGACAUCUUCCUGACUUUGUUGGAUAGCUGCCACUAGGGUUGCUUUGGAUCUUCAGCACAUGCUCUCUUUGAAGCAGCUAUUUGAAGAUGUGUUUUCUGAGGAAAACAGGCUACAACUGUUGAUUAAAACCACUUGCAGUGCAUUUGUUUAUCAGAUGCUCAGUGCAAAGUGUAAUUGGGUCAUGGUCAAAAACGCUUGCAACAUCUAAUUGGCAUUCAAGAUAGUCAUUCAAAAGUUCUUGGCCCACUGAAGUCUAAUAACAGUUGAAACAUUCUGCAGCUAACCAUUAGCAUGCUAGUUGUCCUAAUGGAAAUUUUUGAAGAGUUUUUCAGUAUAUAACCUACCUUUGCCAGGAAGAGAAGUCAAAUCCUCAGGUUGUUGGGUAUUUGUUUCUACUCCAGCCUGGCAGGCAAGGCUAAAACCUUAGAAUAUCGAUGUAUGAGACAUCUUGAUAUGUAAAGCACUUAUUAUUAAAGGCAUAAAAGUCAAACUACUAAAUAUGUGUAGAGAGAUUGACAUGUGGUACGUGGGACAGUUCACAUAGACAUCAGAGAAUUUAUUCCAGAAAGGAACCUCCUGAAUGUGAUGAAUAUGGCAAAGCCUUUAAUCACAUCUCAGCCCUUAGCAUCAGAAAGCUUACACUGUAAAUAAACGAUGAAUAUUACAUGUGAGGAAAAUUUUCAUGUAUAGCACUCAUUGCUUCAGACAGAAAAUUCCGUCAGUAUGUUCCAAUAAUCAUGUGAUGAAUUUGAGAAACAUUGCAAGAGGGAGCUCAAUCUUGGCCGGGCGCGGUGGCUUACCCCUGUAAUCCCAGCACUUUGGGAGGCCGAGGCAUGCGGAUCAUGAAGUCAGUAGUUCGAGACCAGCCUGGUCAACAUGGUGAAACCCUGUCUGUACUAAAAAUACAAAAAAAAUUAGCUGGGCGUGGUGGUGCGCGCCUGUAGUCCCAGCUACUCGGGAGGCUGAGACAGGAGAAUCACUUGAACCUGGGAGGCAGAGGUUGCAGUGAGCCGAGAUCGCGCCACUGCGCUCCAGCCUGGGUGACAGAGCGAGACUCCGUAUUAAAAAAAAAAAAAGGGGAGCUCAAUCUUAACUGCAGAGAAUCUACAGGUGAAAAAAAAAUGUGGGGAAAUGCUUUAAAAAAAAUAACAAAAUGUGCAACUUCUUAGAAAAAUUGUUAAUGUUAGAUACUUCUUUAUAUUUUAUAUGACCAUAAUGUCCAUGUGUGUUUUGUACCUUCAGUCUGUUAUUGUUCUGUGUAUUACCUGUAAGCAGAUUCUGUAUUUUAUUUUAGCCUACUUGACAGAACACAUCACUCAGAAAAAGUGAAGUUUCGGAGCAAACAGUGAAGAAAUCAAGUGUGGUUGUAGACAAAAUGUCGGUUCACAGAACAGAGCAGCAGGGAGAUGAAGGGAAAAGCUUCAUAGUUCGGUGCUUAUCACAUCAAGAGCUUGGUAAAUUUCUGAGGAAAGACAGGCUAAUGGGGCACUGAAAUGGAACAACUCCUUUAAACAUGUGCAGCCUUUUGAGUUUUUCCUCAAAACCAAGAAGUUGACCUCUGAGCUGUCAGGUGACCAUUGUGUGCAAAGGGGAUGGAUUCUCUUGUCAGUAGAGGGUCUUCUGCAUGAAGCGAGAGCAGGAAGUGUACUGGAAUCACCAAUUGGGACUGCUUCAGCUGACCAGGUUCUCUAAACCGUAGUCAUGCUUUCCCACUAACUCACUCUUAAAUCCUUAUGCUUAGAAAACUGGGGAAAAGGCGGGCGCAGUGGCUCAGGCCUGUAAUCCCAGCACUUUGGAGGCUGAAGUGGGUGGAUCACGAGGUCACGAGAUCGGACUAUCCUGGCUAACAUGGUGAAACCUCGUCUCUACUA